AUGGUCGACUUUACGGUUAAAGAUGAUCUUGAUAGUAACGCCUGGUAUCAAUUAACGGAGGAACGAGUCGAUAAUUAUGAUAGCGCAAGUUUCGGCUCCUCUCUCACCGUCGACACGGCCAAGGGUUUCCUCUCCAUGCAGGCGGCAAACAAGAACUACUACCAGUUCCUCCCCGUCGACAAUGUGAAGGGCCGCUAUGCCAUCCGCAACUCCAUGACCGGCAUUCGUAAGCAGCUCAGCGUCUGCUACGUGGAUGAUGAGAUCGCCGACGGCAAGACGCAGCCCUGCUUCGUCACCAGCGACGGAUCUGACGAGCAGAAGUGGGAUAUCUCCGACUGGGGCAACAAAACAUAUUCAUUUUUGCGUUUUGUCAACAAAAAGAACGGGACUUCGUAUUACCUGGACUGUCAUAAAGGAAAUCCUCCUUUUAUGAGCAAUCAGAUCGAUACAAACGUAUAUCAACCCGCUCAAAGAUGGCUCUACCGCAGCCGAGAAGCAAUCAAUGAUGGAGGGUUCUCAACGACUUUCACUAAUCUCCCUACGUCUUCGUCUGCCUCUUCAAGCCAAUCGGGAUCGACUACAACAACAGACUCCGGGUCGUCCGUGGCUUCAGCGUCAGCAUCCACCACCGCUUCCUCCACUUCGACAUCCUCCCCCGACUCAUCCAACUCCGGCUCGUCCAACUCAGGAAUAUCAUCAGGCGCCGCUGCAGGAAUCGGAAUCGGUGUUGCUCUUGGAAUAAUCGGCAUCGCCCUCGCUGCGUUCUUCUUCUGGUGGCGCCGCCGCAACCAGACUGCCGCCGCAGGGUCGGCCACCGAGCUCCCUGCGCACGGCAUCCCCCCUGCGUCCGACGGCACCUCGGAAUCCCACUACCACAAGCCGAUGCACAGUGCUACUGCCUGGUCGACGGCAGAGAGCCAUAAAGACUACCAAUCGCACCACCAAUCGCCAUACGUGCCUCAGACAAGCCCAGCACCUCAUAGUGCUGUGCCCGCAAGUGAGAUGUCAGGUGAUGCUACACGGCAUGAGUUGGAAGGAGGGUACCAGAAUCCAUUUGGACGGUGA